UAAUCAUGCUGCUGUGAACGGCUCCCAGCGUUACCCUGGGCAACCACAGAAGACGCCCGCCCACAGGCGUCUAUGAUUGGUUCGUCACUGAUAGAGCUGUUGAUGAUUGGAUAGUACAGCCGUCAGUCUUCAGAACGACUGAAAUAUUUUGACCGUAUCUAUCUAUUCCCUGAGGAAGCCGCUGAAGUGGGAAGAGUGGAUUGCGAGAUAAGACGUCUUACAAAACAGCGAGCGCAUUUUACAAAGAAACGACAUUUCAUGAAAUGGUGAGCACUUGACUGUGGCUCAGGUAUUUUAAAAGGCGACUGAUUCCAGCUGAAACCUUGGUUGUGAAGUGAGUUACCAUGGAUCCUGACAAAACCACCUAUGUGAGGUUAAAUGAGAGAAAAGUUGUCUCAAAGUCAGAUAUUUUGUCUCUUUUAAAAACCUAUAACUGUUACCAUGAGGGGAAAAGUUUCCAACUUCGGAUUCGAGAGGAAGAGGGUGAGCUGAUCGUAGAGGGUUUACUCAACAUCUCCUGGGGCCUGAGGAGGCCAAUCAGACUUCAGAUGCAGGAUGACAACGAGCGUUUUUACUAUGACUGCACAGAAGCGUGGAGGUCAGAGAGCUCCGAGUCCAGCAGGAAUGAAAAUAAUGAGCAGAGCAAUCCAUUGCAGUUUUCUUCAGAGCCUAACAACAACAAAAUCUGUGCCACAUCCAUACCGACAGCAGGUAUGGAUGGAUAUGAUGCUGAGGAGGAUGUCCCUCAACUGCUGAGGACAAGAAGUGACGCAAGUUUUGUAAACAUCCAAAGAAGAUCUAAAAUUCACAACUCUGCAGAUUCACAGCAGAUUAAAAGACAUCGUUUCUCCAUCAAUGGACAUUUCUACAACCACAAGACAUCUGUUUUUACUCCAUCGUAUGGAUCAGUGACUAAUGUUCGAGUGAACAGCACUAUGACAACACAGCAAGUUCUUAACUUACUUCUUCAUAAGUUUCGGGUAAGUUUUGCCUUAUUUAGUUUUGAUGAUACAGCAACCUACUGUUCAUUAUUACACUGCUCUGUACUUGUACAGGUAGAUAAUACUGCGGAUGAAUUUGGUCUCUACCUAGUCCAUGAAUCAGGAGAGAGAGCAAAACUAAAAGAAACAGAAUACCCUCUGGUAUCUCGUCUGCUGCAUGGUCCAUGUGAAAAAAUCGCCAGAAUAUUUAUUAUGGAAAAGGACCUUGGUGAAGAGAUUACGUACGAUGUUGCACAGUAUAUCAAAUUUGAAAUGCCUGUUUUGGACAGUUUCAUUAAGAAAUUGAAAGAGGAGGAAGAGAGAGAGAUUUUAAAACUGACUAGAAAAUACAGUGUACUAAAAUCCAUGAUAUUGCAGAAAUUAGAUGGCAUCUCUCAGAUGAAUCAUGUGUGAGAAAAUCUGCUGACAUCAGAAGAAUCAACAGUGACUUAGGCUAUAGGCUAGUUUUAGGGUUUUAUUUUCAGAAGACAAGUGCAAUAACUAGUAUAUAACAUAUAGGCUAGUUUUGUACAUUAUAUACUGUAUUAAUUGUAUUUUUACCCAUAAUUCUCAGGCAUUACAAAUGACCUAGAUUGUUUUUAUGAUGUACAUAUAUGAUCUCCGUGGUUUUAAAAGGGCCAACUAUUGUAUUUUUUGUAAAACUUUUAGAAUAUACUCUUGAUAUUAUUUCUACAGUAAUGGUAUUUUUAUUUUUCAUAAAAUUAAUAUAUGAGAAAUGUUUAUAUGAUUUUAUAUAUUGUCACUGUCUAUUUCUAUGUAAUAUUGUCUGGUUAGUUUUAUACAUGCAUGUAGAAAAUCAUGUCACCUCGAAUAAAUAGCAGCAGACAUUAGACCAUAUAAAACAUCAGUAUGCCUUAUUUAAAUAGAUGCUCAAUUGUCUGCGCUCCUCGGCCGGGCACAUUGACAAUUCACUUUUUUAAACUCCACAGUCUUUAUUUUCAUAAUCUUAAAUCAUUGUUUCAAUGUUUUAGAAAAAUAGCUUGUGCUUUUUCAUUCAUGUUCACAAUAAAUGUCUAUUGUUCUUAAAGGGACCCUCAUACUGAGCCAGUUCCCACGAGCUAUAAAAGGUUGUUGUGAUGGCAGUGCCUUCUGGUUUCAGCGCCCAUGUUACACAUUGGGAGGCAUCAUGGGAAACAAGGAACAUUUCAGUCCUCAAGGUUGUUCCCUUUUCCUGGACAUGCAGCACUAUGUUUUUUUUAUUCUGGCAACACUUUACAGUAAGGUUAUAACAUAACUUGACCUACAUAACAAAUACUGCUACAGUGUUAAUUAAUGCAUGUUAUUAUCAGCAUUUAUCAAACUUAA